AUGGAACCAAUAUCAUCAUCAUCAACAUCUCCAACAAGUCAAACGAGAAAAACUAUUCGAAUAUGGCCAUUUCCUCUUCGUCUUAUAUGGGAAAUAUUUAUUCUCGUUUUAUUUUUUGUUGUUAUAUUUAUUUUUGUAUUAAAAUGGCCUGAUGCUGAACAUAAAAUUCAUGGAAUGAUUCUUGCAAAAACACGUUUAGCACCGAUGUCCGAAGGAAAUAUAAGUUGGAUGAAUCCACCCGUUUUAACCAUACGUGAAUAUCGUUUAUUCAAUGUAAUAAAUUAUAUGGAUAUAAUGACAGAUAUAAAUAAUCCAUUAAUGGAAUUUCGUGAAACAGAACCAUUUCCAUAUAAAGUUGUUGUUAAAAAAAAUAAUGUAGAAUGGUUAAAUAAUAAUACUCAAAUUCAUUAUUCUGUUGAACGUUUAUUUACACGUCAUGGUGAAUAUAAACAAUCAUUAAUUGAUGAACAGGGUGCUUUCAUUGAUAUACUUCGUGUUAUGUUUCGAACAAAAUUUGGUCGUGUUGCUGAUCCAGUUUUUUAUAUUCUUGGUGGAAACAAUGCAUUUAAUUAUUCAAAAGCUAUUGAUAAAUUAGAAGGUUAUAUAUCACCAAUAUUUGCAGCUAUUUCAUCACGAAUGCAAGGACCAAAUAGAGAGAAAUAUGGAUUUAUUUAUCGAACUAAUGGAACAAAUGGAUUUAAUUAUACUAUUCAUAAUGGUAUUAAUAAUUUAACAAUGAAAGGACAAAUGAUUGAUUUUGCAUCAGAAUAUUCGCCAUUUAAAACGGCAAGUGAAGAUUGGCAAACAGAUAUUUUUGAUGGUUUAACAUUUCCAGCAUUGGGCAAUCCACCAAAUCGAAAAGUUAUUAAUGUAUUUCAACCUGAUUUUUGCAGACCUCUACAACUUCGAUACAAUCGAACAGUGUCGGCAUUCGGAUUUGGUCAAUUACAUGAAUAUGUUUUAAAAUUAGUUGAUUUUGAAAAAUGUCCAAAAAUGGAUGAACAUUGUCCAGAAGCUGAUAAACUUGAUAUAACCAGAUGUUUAUCAGGUGAACUUCCUGAAGAAACUGUUUUCUUAAGCAAACCACAUUUUUAUGGACAUAAUUCAACAUGGACAAAUGUUAAUUUUAAACCUGAUUUUCAUCAACAUGAAUCAACGAUUUAUUUUGAACCACUUACUGGUACACCAAUUCGAGCACACUUACGUAUUCAAUUAAAUACAAAUGCUUGGAUUGAUCGACUUAAACUAAAUCCUGAUGCAUCUACAGAUCCUACUCGUACUCGUGCUAUUCGUCGUUUUGUUCCCAUGGUGUGGAUUGAUCAAUUAAUAAAUCUUAAUAAUGAACCAAUGAAUCGAUUAAAACGUGUUAGUUCCAUUCUAGGAAAAUUUCAUUACGUUCAUCAAUUACUUAAAUUAAGUUAUAUAAUUUUGGGAUUUAUAUUAUGUAUUUCUAUUGUGUUUGUCAUAGAAUUAAUUAUCUUUAAUCGAAGAAAUAAAAUGAAUAAAAAUGUAUUAUAUCAACCUAGUAGAGAACAAGAAAAAGAAUUAUUAAGUCCUACAAAAGCAUCAACAAUGGUAACAGCUUAA